GAGGCUGCGAGCGAGCCGCGAACCGGGCGGGCAGCGGGCUGCGGACGCGCGCACCAUGGGGGAGAAACCGGGCACCAGGAAAUGGAGAGAACAUCUGCUGUCGCUGGCCUCCUCGAUGGGCACCUCUGGGCACCCCCACAGUCUGCCUCCUUGGUCGGCCUCGGUGUACAAGUGCUGCUGCUCCCCAGCCUCGGCUCUCAAGGGCAGGUGGCCCUGCGGACACUUGGGGGCUGUUACCCCACAACCACCAUCGGUGGCUUCAUCCUAAUAGGAGGAAGCCCUGGGACAAAGAGGAAAACUAGAAGCAAAGACGAGGGGACUGGAAGGGUCUUCAAAAAGUCGAGCCCCAACUGCAAGCUCACUGUGUACUUGGGGAAGCGGGACUUUGUAGACCACCUGGACAAAGUGGACCCCGUAGAUGGCGUGGUGCUUGUGGACCCUGACUACUUGAAGGAUCGCAAAGUGUUUGUGACCCUCACUUGCGCCUUCCGCUAUGGCCGCGAGGACCUGGAUGUGCUUGGCUUGUCCUUCCGCAAAGACCUGUUCAUCGCCAACUACCAGGCCUUCCCGCCGGCACCCAACCCCCCACGGCCCCCCACCCGCCUGCAGGACCGGCUGCUCAGGAAGCUGGGCCCACACGCCCACCCCUUCUUCUUCACAAUCCCCCAGAACCUUCCCUGCUCCGUCACCCUGCAGCCAGGCCCCGAGGACACGGGGAAGGCCUGCGGGGUAGACUUUGAGAUUCGCGCCUUCUGUGCCAAAUCAUUAGAAGAGAAAAGCCACAAAAGGAACUCUGUGCGUCUGGUGAUCCGAAAGGUGCAGUUUGCCCCAGAGAAACCCGGCCCCCAGCCUUCAGCAGAAACCACACGCCACUUCCUCAUGUCCGACCGGUCCCUGCACCUUGAGGCCUCCCUGGACAAGGAGCUCUACUACCACGGGGAGCCCCUCAAUGUCAACGUCCACGUCACCAACAACUCCACCAAGACCAUCAAGAAGAUCAAAGUCUCUGUGAGACAGUAUGCCGACAUCUGCCUCUUCAGCACUGCCCAGUACAAGUGCCCUGUGGCUCAGAUUGAACAAGAUGACCAGGUGUCCCCCAGUUCCACGUUCUGCAAGGUGUAUACUGUCACCCCGCUGCUCAGCGACAACCGGGAGAAGCGGGGUCUGGCCCUGGAUGGGAAGCUCAAACACGAGGACACCAACCUGGCUUCCAGCACCAUCGUGAAGGAGGGUGCCAACAAGGAGGUGCUGGGCAUCCUGGUGUCCUACAGGGUCAAGGUGAAGCUGGUGGUGUCUCGUGGCGGGGACGUCUCUGUGGAGCUGCCUUUUGUCCUCAUGCACCCCAAGCCCCACGACCACAUCACCCUCCCCAGGCCCCAGACAGCUGCUCCGGACACAGGUGUACCCGUGGACACCAACCUCAUUGAAUUUGAUACCAACUAUGCCACGGACGACGACAUUGUGUUUGAGGACUUCGCCAGGCUCCGCCUAAAAGGGAUGAAGGAGGAGGAUUAUGAGGACCAGCUCUGCUAGGAGGGGGUGGG